AUGAACUUGUGCACGGUCUACAACCUGACUGUUCUCUCUUUCGUCCUGGGAGCCGUGUCUGUGGGCCUGUUUGCCCUCGCCGUGUCCACCGACUCUUGGCUCCUCACUCGGGAGUCGUUGUCCUCUCCCAAAGAGGCUAGAACAAAUGUCACGGCCAAGGUCAUGUGGAUUCGAGUCUGGACCGGAUUGUGGAGGCUGUGUAUGGUGCAUGAGGAAGCGCCGGACUUCAUCAACUGUAUGGCCAUUAGUUACGAAGAAAUGGGCACAGGUCGAGGAGAGACGUUCAGCACUACAUCGUUUGCUAUUAUUGUGACAACACGACGAGCAGUGACCUUACCAGUUUCAUCCCUGAUCCUGGCCGUUACAGGAGUCAUCUUCAGUGUGGUUGGAAACAUUAAGAAAGACGUCAAGUCCUUAGUCGGCGGUGUCCUUUUUAUCUUAUCAGGUCUCUCGCUGGCCGUCGGCAUGAUACUCUAUAUAUCUGCCAUCAACGACGAGGUUGGAUACCGGGUCUCCACCAGCAAACAAGGCGGAGGCGGGUUCAGCUACGAAUACGGCUGGUCAUUCUUCACGGCUGGCUUUGGCUUCCUGGCCUCAGAGAUGGCGGCCGUGGUAACGGUCACACUCUACCUGAAGAGAAACUCGCGGCCCGAGGACAUGGCCCGUAUAAUACCUGGGCUGGAGGACAAGAUGACCGACGAUCUGGAGUAUCCAUGCGAGCAUGUCAGUUCUUCCAGCACAGACAGGCAUCCGUUUUGUCAUUCAGAAAGAGACAACGCCUGUUUUCAUUUAUGUAGGGAUCUGCGCCCGCCUAGUGUGACUGCCUAG